AAAAUAAUGAUCAUUAUGCUGACUUUCAUACAGUGUAUCAUAAUGCAACAACUGAAGAUCACUGUCCUACAUUAAUGCAAGCUAUGAAAUUAGCAGAAUGGACAUCAAACGGACUUUUUGUAAAUACCAAAGAGUUAUAUUCUAUAAAAGAAGAAAUAAAUUAUAGCUGUGAUGCUUUAUUAGUUGAAGAGGAUCAUGAAUUCUACACUAAAGUUUUUAUACGUAAAAGAUUACUUGCAAAACACCUAUUGAAUUAG